UUUUACAGUACUUAACAAUAAUAUUAUUGUUAUAGGAUUACUUUUUACAUGAAAAACCAGAAGCUAAAACACUCGAUUAUGGCUACAUAGACUCAAGAAAACAACUAAGAAAAGAACUUCAUUGUAAAAACUUCGAAUGGUAUUUACAAAACGUUUACCCAGAAUUAACUCUUCCCACCGAUGAUAACGAAAAAGCUAAAGAAAAGAUGGCCGCAUUGCAACAAGACGCCUUCCAACCGUGGCAUUCACGAAAACGAAAUUAUAUUAAGCAAUAUCAGAUUAGGUUAACUAAUUCUUCUUUGUGUAUGCAAAGUACGAAAGAUUUAAAAUCAAAAGGUAGUGAGUUGGUUCUUAAAAGUUGUGUAAGAGCUAGGCAUCAGGUAUGGUUUGAAACUGAUAAAAAGGAAUUGGUUUUAGCACAACUUUUAUGUUUACAAGCAGAUAAAAAUAAAGUUAUUUUAUAUAAAUGCCAUGAAAUGGGGGCUGAUCAAGAAUGGCAACACAAAGGGGAGAAUAAAACUCCAAUUUAUAACGUUGCUGCUGGUAUGUGCAUAGGAGUAGAUAAUCCUCAACAUGGAACAAAAAUAAUUAUGGAUUUAUGUACUGAUCUAAAGUAUGGAACUUGGGAUUUGAUAGUUUAAUAAAUAAACGAAAAGUAUUCCUCUAAGUAUUAAAACUAAUUAUAAUAAAAAAAAUACUCUGUAAACAUUUUAAGACUGAAAUUCCAUCCGCAGAUAAAAAAUAAGAAGCAAAAAUAAAUAUUAAAAUUUUUAAAUUUA